AUGAUGCAUCCAUUUGGUAAUGAGGAAGCAGCCUCUCUGGAACAUCUUUUCUGGUUUUUUUGUGACUGUGUGCAGCGGGGAGACUGGGAGCUAGCACAGGCCUGUAUUCCUCAGUUACAUCAGUGGCAGGGGGAUGGCUCUGAGAAAGUUGCAGCUAUCCUGCAGGCUCUAAUAGCUUGUCCAUCUCAGUUAAGGUGUGGACAGAAUUGCAGCCCUCAGAGACUUGCUUGGCUUUGGCUCCUUGUGCUCAAGAAAUGGCUGGUAUGGGAUCAGAAAAUAAUUCCAGCUGUUCUCCAAAGAGAAACUGAAUUCUUACUCCUCUUAGAAGAACUGCAAAAGGAUGUCUCUGAUGAAGUCCUAAAGGAGCUGUUCGAAGCAUUUGAAUGUGUCCAGAGCAAGCAUGAAUCGGACAGGAAGAAAAGAGAUGGCCGCACAUACAGAUUCAGUGUGGAAGCAACCUCGGCUCUUCGGAAGCUUUUGUUGAGGGCUCCCCGGCGGGCACAAGCCCUGCUGGAAUUCCUGCAGGGAGAACAUGGCACACCCUGCUCUGCACUCCAGCACAGUUGCUCUGUGCAAAACAUCUACGUUGACUUUCUCCACGACUCCUUAAAAUCUCUGCAGAGGCUUCAGCGGUAUCCCAAAUCCUCAGGAGAAUUGGAUCACAGUGAGACAGUAGAUGCUAUUUACAGUGUCCUUAGCGUGUUGCAUUUUGAAGUGGAGCAUCAGACUGGCGAGCUCCGACUCUUGUGCAGGGAGCUGUUGGAUGCUUGCUGGGCUGAAGGAAGCCCACUGAAGGAAGAGCGGUUACUGGGCUGCAUACUGAGGAAGCAGAGCCAUGCCUUGCUCAGUCUGUACAGCAACGUCUUCACAGAGAGGACAAGAGAGAAACUGUUGGGGCCAAAGUUGCCAGGAAAAGGUUCAUCUGAGCAGUUGGACACAGAGCGGGUAAUGCUGGCUUUGUUCGCAGAGCCUGAAGAGGUUUAUUCUUGGAAGACUGCCUAUUUCUACUGCCUGAGCAGCAGCAAGCACUUUCUGGAGCAGAUUCUGGUGACUGCAUUAACACUAUUAAAAAGGGAAGACUUCUCAGGCUUGAGCAGCUUACUGAGUCGAGAAUUCAACCCCCUCAGCCGUCUUCUAGUAUUGCUAGGGUGGACUCACUGUCACAGCUUAGAAUCAGCAAAAAACUUGUUAUAUGCUCUUCACAAAACUCAGGGUCUGUGCAAUGAUUCAGUAUUAAAAGAGUUCUGUGAUGGGCUGUGGGCUCAAGUGGAGGUUCUUGAAUGGUGCAUACAGCAAAACAGUAUUACUAUCCCAAAGAAGAUUCUUUUGCAACACUUGUACAGUCUGGAUUGCCACUCUGCACUCUACUCUCUUCAUCACCUCACCAACCUUCUGGCCCUGAAUGAAGAGGAUGUCAUUGAGCUUCUUCAGAAGGUUCCAGCCAGAGACCAGCAGACUCCGGCGGUGCCAGUUCCCAGCCUCCUGAGUCAGCAACGCAACCUGGUGCUCUUCCGGGCAUUUUGCGCCAUGAAAUACGCAAUCUAUGCACUCUGUGUGAAUUCACACCGUCAUUCGAAGUGCAAGGACUGCAUGCACAGCCUUCUCAGUGACCUCCCUGAGGACUCCACCCCUCUUAAAGAACCACCAGGAGAUCGGCCUCCUUGCCUAGAUUGUCCAGCUAUUUUUCCUCAGUAUCUUGCCAAGUGCCAGCAGUUCUUACGGAGUGUCCCUGCUCCUCUGCAUCUGGAGCUUCUGGAGAACAUCUUCUCCCUGCUUUUUGUUUCCUAUAGUGACCUCUACACAGAGACUUCCCUGCCCGAGGACUAUGCAGAAGAGGACGAUAUUGUGAAAAAUUGCUGUGGUGCUGGGAACUUGGAUGGUGGUGCCAGCCGAGAGUCUUCCACCUCAGAAAGUCCACAGCACCCAGCAGAGCCUGAAAGGAAGGCAGAGAGACGUCCUCAGGCCCCCCGGACAGUCUACCAUGGUACCCAAACUCUGCUUGGCUCAGAAUUAAGUGGUGAGACCUGUGAAUCCUCCAGGCUGAGCUAUCUAGAUCUGAAACAUUUUGCCAGUGGUGUCAAUGGAUUUUUAGUGGAUGAUCUGGCAGUGGAUGCCAUCCUCAAGAUGCUCCUCAACCACCUGGAAGAAAUUAAGAGUUCUCUCCCAUGGGAUUCGAGUAACGUGCCCCAUGAGGAGCUGGAGUUGGUGGAGUGCUUGAAUUUCUCUGUGAAUAGAGAUGUCUUUGGGAGCAGAGUGCUGCAGUUCUCCAAAUACCUCUCUGAAGCUCAGUGGAGAUACAAAGUAGUGAUGAGUAACAGAAAUACAGAACAUCAGCUUGCAGCCUCCAAGAGACACUUCUCCUUAACCAGAUGCUCCAGCUUGAGGAAGCGCCGUCAAACUCAAAGAUGGAGGAUGGAUUGUAAAGAGGGAACUUCAAGUCAAUCACUGGAGAGUACAAGCAGUGAAUUGAGCACUAGCACAUCAGAGGGAAGUACCAGUACUGUGUCUGGCUGGAGUGACCUGGAAUGUAGGCUGAAGCCUCAGCAGCAGAACCUCCUCAUCCCCAUGAUGCUCUCCCCACCUGAGUCGCUCCUAGUCUCCUGUAUCCUGAGGGGGAACUUUAUAGAAGCCCAUCAGGUGGCUUUGAUGUUUAAUCUGGAGUCUUCGGGUUGCUAUGGUGAGCUGGUUUUCAUGGAACGCUAUCAAGAGGUGGUGCGGGAGCUCGCAAAAGUGGAGCACAAAAUUGCAUAUCAGUCAGCUGAUGGUAUUGGAGGCAUCAGGAGAUCUGGCAGUGGCCGCUCAACGCUUCAGGCUAUUGGGAGUGCAGCAGCGGCAGGUAUGGUAUUUUAUUCUAUCUCGGAUGUUACUGAUAAGUUGCUUGCCACCUCUGGAAGCCUUGUCCCUACUCUCCAAGAAAACUUUUGGACUAGCAGCAUCCAGCUGGAGCAUACAGAUCCUAUGAGUGAAGUUGUGGCAGACCUCAGCCCUUCAGCAAUGGCAGCAUUUGACUUAGCUUGUACUCAGUGCCACCUGUGGAAAACCUGCAAACAGCUGUUGGAAACAGCAGAGAGACGAUUACAUAAUAGCCUUGAAACAAGGGGCCGCAGACUCGACUUCAUUCUACUGCACUCUGAUGGCAUAAGGGGUUUCCCAGCAGUUCUUCAACAAAUAAAUAAAAUUCUCAACUACCCUUGCAUGUCACAAGGACAAUCCAAGUCAGAGGUCUCAGAUGAAAAAAUAAGUAGUCAGUUUCGAUGCAAUAUUGUGGACCUUCUGCAGAUGUGCUACCCAACUCUGACUGAGGAGUGUAUUGCUAAUCAGAUUGUUUUAUCGCAGCACCUAGAUCAAGUCCUGCAAACACUGACAAAUGUUGAAGAUUCUCCAGACUCCAAAGGGAGCCUGAUCACCAACUUGGUAGAGCAGGCAUCUCUGAAGCCUACAGAGUUGGAGGCACAUCCAAUUCGUAAUCAAAUCCAACUUCUGCUGAAAACUCUGGACCAACACAUUCAGACCAUGCCAGUGAGCAGCGUUAGGACGGACUGUGUGAAGAGCUUCCUCGAUUAUAUUAACACGCUGGCUGCUAUUGUGCUAUGGAGCCUGAAUACAGAGCUAGAUCAAACUGCAGAGGUGAAGGUGGGGAACCCUUUCAUACUGCUACAACAGAGCCCAUCUCACUUGCUCUCUCUGCUCUUGUUUGAGAGUCAAGUUCCUCCUGACAGGCUCUCUUCACUGUUGGCAAAAGAAGAGUUGAACUUAAAUGUGCAGCAAGUUAUCAUUAACUGUUGUUGUGAGCCACUGUCCUUGUGCAGUGCCAGGCAAAGCAGCCAGACCAGGUCUCUUUUGACUAACAUCAGCAGCCUAGCACAUCUUCAUGCCUACCAUUGUUUGCCGGAUGUUGAGAUACCUAUCCACAAUCCAGCUAUGGACUCUGAGGAGGAUUCUACUCAGCCCUCUUCUUCCCUGGCUGACUUGAACCAGCACACGCUCACUGCCUCUUCCCUGGCCUUCCUGAAGUGUCAGUCGAAGCUAAUGGCCACUGUGGCAUGUCUCUGUGCAUCCAAGGUACAGAAGGUCCCCAAACCAAGCCUGUCAUGGAUGGAAUUUCGGGGCAAGAGGGAGGUCCCCUUGGGCCUGGAGCAGAUUUCCAAAGAGUGUGAGACAUUACUGAAGGAGUUCUUGAUGCUGGAGAGUUUUCUUCUCACCAUGUCUGAGCCACUUCAGGAUCCCCAGGAGGAGGGUAGUGGUUUGGUUAGUGGCCUCUGUGGCAAGCCAUACAUGUCACUUGUCCUUUUGGGCUUGCAUUCUACCAUGGCUGUUGAGGUAUUAAUGGAAGUCUUUGAGCAAGCGCUCGCUGCAAAGGACUGGCCCAGAGCCCUGAAGGUCUUGGACCUGUACAGUCAGGAUAUGGAGGAGCUGACCAGCGUGAGGGAUGCUGUGCUGAGCUGUGCGACUGCUGACGAUAAGGAUGGUUGGCAGUAUCUGUUCCCAGUGAAGGAUGCGAUGUUGAGAAGUAGAUUGGCCCUGCGCUGCCUGGACAGGUGGCCUCUUGAGGCUUGUCUGGAAAUCCUAGCAUACUGCAUCUGUGAUCCUGGCAUAACCGAAGAACUGAAGUCUGAUCUGCAGAGCAAAACAGGAGAACUGCAGGUUUAUCGAAAGAUUUUGAAUUUGCAAGAUGUCCCAACAUGGAAUGACUGGCAAGAUCUGAAAGAAGCCUGCAUUGAUGAUCCCCAGGCUAUCAUGAGUGUUAUUCUGGAGGCAAAGGAUUAUGAGUUGUGUGAAGAAUGGGGUCACUUAUACCCUGUCCCAAGAGAACACUUGAUCAGCCUUCACCAGGAGCACCUCCUGCACUUGCUGGAAAUGGGAGACACUGAAAAGGCUUUGCAGCUCUUAGAAAGAAUAGAAGACUCUGAUACGCGCCUUGUGAUAAGCGAACAGUCUCUUGACAAGCAUCCCAGCUUGGCAGCCUCUCACUUCCUAGCAAAUUAUCUCACUACCCACUUCUACAAGUACCUGACAGCUACACGCCAUAACGAAAUCCAGGCUCUCUACAUGGGAUCAAAGGUGUUGCUGACUCUUCCUGAGACCUACCGUGCUAGCUACUCCCAUCUGUCCUCCAGGCCACUGCUCAUGCUGGAGCAGCUGCUCAUGAACAUGAAGGUGGAUUGGGCAGCUGUGGCCGUAGAGACGCUGCACCAGCUCUUGAUUGGGCAGGAGAUCGGCUUCACUGUGGACGACAUGGAUGCUUUGCUCUCCAAGUAUUCAGAGAAAGCCCUCGACUUCCCCUACUCAUUAAAAGAGAAGAGAUCAGAUUCUGUGAUUCGCACCGAAGAGAGUCUCAAUCAGGUAUCGGAGUCUGACACCUUGUCUAAAUCAGGAUCAGCAGAACUGUCUCCUGCCAGUUUUCCUGGUAUCAUCCAAUCUUCAAGUCCAAGAGAGAGAAGCCUGCCUCGGAAUCUGUUUCCUCAAGAGUUUGUGCCACCUGAGGUGCCACCACCAAAGCAGCAAUGGAUCCCCGAUGAAACUGAAAUUACAUGCAUGGUCUGCAAAACAGAACGUUUUACUAUGUUUAAUAGGCGCCAUCACUGCAGACGUUGUGGGAGGUUGGUGUGCAGUUCUUGCUCUACCAAGAAAAUGGUGGUGGAAGCUUGUAGAGAAAAUCCGGCUCGUGUAUGUGACCAGUGCUACAGCUACUACAACAAGCAUUGUCCACCUGGCUUAGUCCAAGACACAAGCAUCACAAAAGAGGAAGACCAAGACUUGAUGGAAGCAGUACAGACCUGUGGUAAUGGAAGUUUGGAUUACUCUGUAGUGAUGCGAGUACCCAAGGCAACUGAACUUGAGUGGCUUCUUUCUCUGAGUGAAGAUGAAAAUGAAAUUGUGCGUAAUGAAUUUUAUUAUGAACAGGCCCCUAGUUCUUCCUUGUGUAUUUCCAUCCUCAGUCUGCACUCAGAUAGCACAGCAUGUGGCCACCAGAUGAUACAGCGCUGCUGCAAAUUGUCCCAAGGUCUGAUUAACCCUGAAGUGGAUGCUGGGCUUCUCAUGGACAUCAUGAAACAGCUGCUUUUCAGUGCCAAGAUGAUGUUUGUAAAAGCUGGAAGGAGCCAGGAUCUAGCUUUGUGUGACAGUUACAUCAGCAAGGUGGAUGUGCUGAAUAUUUUAGUUGCUGCUGCCUAUCGCCAUGUACCAUCUCUGGAUCAGAUUCUGCAGCCUGCAGCAGUAACGAGGCUAAGGAAUCGGCUUUUGGAAGCAGAAUACUAUCAGUUAGCUGUUGAGGUUUCUACAAAGACUGGGCUGGAUCCAGGUGGAGCAUGGCAUGCCUGGGGCAUGGCUUGCCUUAAAGCUGGGAACUUAAGUUCAGCAAGAGAGAAAUUGAGCCGAUGCUUAAAGCCACCCUUUGAUCUGAACCAGUUGAAUCAUGGCUCAAGGCUGGUCCAAGAUGUGAUACAAUAUCUGGAGUCCACCGUGAAACCCGUAGUCCUGGUGCAGGACGAUGACUACUUUGCCACAUUGAGAGACCUGGAAGCAACCCUGAGGACACGAAGCCUGUCUCUGGAGAUGAUGUCUGAAGGGAAGAUCCAACACAACAGCUACUAUCAGGAGUGCUUGUUCUAUUUACACACGUAUGGCACCAACCUAGCAAUCAUUAGCUUCUACAUGAGACACGACUGCAUGCGAGAAGCACUUCUGCAUUUGUUAAAUAAGGAGAGCCCACCAGAAGUGUUCAUUGAAGGGAUCUUUGUCCCAAGUUAUAAAAGUGGAAAACUGCACAUGUUGGAGAACUUGCUGGAAACCAUUGAUCCAAGUCUGGAGAGCUGGGGUAUCUACCUGAUUGCAGCCUGCAAACACUUGCAGAAAAAGAACUACUACCACAUUCUGUAUGAACUGCAGCAGUUUAUGAAGGAUCAUGUCCGUGCUGCCAUGACCUGCAUUAGAUUUUUCACUCACAAGGCAAAGUCUUACACAGAGCUGGGAGACAAACAAAAAUGGCUCCUGAAGGUCAAGGACCACCUCAAAGUCUACCUGCAGGAGGUUUCAAGGAGUUCCGGAAGGAAAAAAGCUGCUUGCACUUUUCGGAAGAAAAUGACAGCCACUGAUGUGUCAAGGCACAUCAAUACAGUUGAGCUACAGAUGGAAGUCACCAAGUUCCUGCAUCGGUGUGAGAGUUCGAGGACCUCUCAGAUAACUGGCUCAACCUUGCCCACACUCUUUGGAAACAAUCACAUGAAGAUGGAUGUAGCUGGCAAGGUCAUGCUGGAAGGGAAGAACAUUGAAGAAGGUUUUGGAAUUGCAUUCAGAGUCCUCCAGGACUUCCAGCUGGAGGCUGCAGCUGUGUACAGUAAAGUGGCCAAGGCGCUGGUGAAGCAGCAGAACUACAGUGAGAUCCGGCAGCUCCUUAAAUGCGUCAGUGAGUCUGGAGUUGCAGCCAGAAAUGACGGGGAUAUCAUCAUCCUAAACUGCCUGGAUGAGUUUAAGGAUAUCCCCUCUGAGGAUCUGGACAAUCUGAUCCAGGAUAUGGACAGCGAUGAAAACAAGAUCCAAGCCUACCUGAAGUGCAACAAGCUGCGUUCUGCCUACCUGGUCUCAGUGAGACAAGAGAAUACCAGAGCCGUGGAGCUGGUGCAGCAUGUGCGGCAGUUGGCCGAGAACAGCGGGGAAGACGUUGUGCAGGCCAUCUGUGCCCAGUGGCUUUCAGUGCACCAGCCCAAACAAAAAGGCUGGUUCACCCAGACCACUAGGAAAUAA